CUGCAGCAAUGUCUUCCCAGCAGCAGCAGCAGCAGCAGCAGCAGCAGCAGCAACAGCUAUCCCAGAAGAUCCAGCAACAGCAGAUGAAACAGCCCUGUCAGCCACCACCUGUCAAAUGUCAAGAGACGUGUGCACCCCAAACCAAGGAUCCAUGUGCUCCCCAGACCAAGAAGCAAUAUCCACCCAAGGGCACCUCUGUCCCUGCCCAGCAGACAUGCCCCUUGGCCCAGCAAACCCCCAAGAGUAAACAGAAGUGAAGAUCAACUGGAAUACAACCUGCUUGCCACCCAGACUACCAGAUGGAUCCUUCCUUCUUCCACCUCCUCCUACUCAGGGUCCAGCAAAGCACUAUCAGAAGUUCUUCCCACUGAGACCCUACUCACACACAUCACCUUUGCCUCCAAGUCUUUCAUACCCUACCCUGACUCUCUCCUAAGUGGACAUGAGGAGGCCUCAUUCUUUCCAACCUUCAGCUUGACCACAGCUAUGCUGUAUCCAUGUCCCAAAGCAAGAAAUGUAUCUGGGUUUCUUCUAGGAUUCCACCCCGGCUAGUAGGGACACCAAAGGCUGAUGCACAGCUCCUGCCUCAUUUCCUUCCCCAGUUCCCCCUCCCUCAGUUUCUGUCUUAUUUCCUCCCCUAAUAAAUCUGUGCUUCAUGUCA